AUGAACGAUACCCUCUCCGUCUUAACUUCACAUUUCAUUGGAGUCAUCAUCUCCAGCAUGUUCUAUGGCUUUGCUCUUGCCCAGACCUGGUGGUACUUUCGAACUUAUCCAAAAGACAGAUGGUCUAUGAAGGCCUUGGUAGCCUUUUUGUGGUUAAACACAGCACAGCUCGCCCUUGUUGCCGCAUCAAUAUAUCACUAUGCCAUAGUUUGGCAAGGUGACAUCGCAAUGUCAUCGCAUAUAUCUAAAACAUUUGAGGCAUCAAUGGGAAUUACUUCAAUAAUAGCUUUUCUGGUGCAAUUAACAUAUGUUUACCGUAUAUGGAGACUUAGCUUUGGAAACAUUCUAGUCACAUUUUUCAUAGUCCUUUUGGCAUUGGUUGCACUAGGAUCAGGUGGAGCAAUGGUUGUCAAAACCAUCCACGAUCCUCUGUGGGAUAGCACUCAUGUUAGCAACCUGCCCGCUUCUAGUUUUUACUUAUCUUCAAUGGCAUGCGACUUCCUCAUUGCCGCUACGCAAGUGUACUUGUUUCAUAAGUCCCGGACCGGGAGAGGAAGACUUGGUGGUCUCAUCAGCAGAUUGACUGUGCUGGUUGUCAAUGUGGGCUUGAUAACUACAUGUCACGCUAUUUCUCAUACUGGUACGGAUCUCGACGGGAGAGGUUAUCCCACUCACAAUCUCUCCCUUUCAGUUUCUCGUCUGCCCCCGCAAUGGUGCCUUUCUCGUCCCAUACACCCUCAUGAGUCACUGCGCCCCUCCGCUUUACCUUCUGUUACAUAUUUAUCCCGCAUUGCAGGCUAUCUAAAUAGUUUCCUCAGCGUUCUCAACUCUCGUCUUGAGCUACGGGAACUGGCCGAUAACAACGAGUAUGCUUGUCCCAGCAUCUACACCAUUACUUCAGAGCUGGCAUGA